AUGCAUAGCUGUUCACCAGGACAUGUUCCAAUGUCCAAAGGUGAUAAAUUAAACAAAAGUCAGUGUCCUAGAAACAAGCUUGAGGAAGAAAAUAUGAAAAACAAGCCAUAUUCUAGACUUGUAGGCAGCUUGAUGUACGCUCAAGUUUGUACAAGGCCUGAUUUGGCUUAUGCAGUGAGCAUCCUAGCUAGAUUUCAAUCCAAUCCAGGUCAUGAGCACUGGAUUUCUGGAAAGAAGGUAUUAAGAUACUUGCAGAAAACCAAAAAUUAUUGUUUGGUUUAUCGAAGGGUGAAUGAGCUUGAAGUAGAAGGCUACUCAGAUGCAGAUUUUGCAGGGCAAUAUUCUGAUUCUGGAAAGUCUACCUCUGGAUAUGUAUUCAUGUUAGCUGGAGGUGCUAUAGCCUGGAAGAGUGUAAAACAAACUCAAACUGCUACUUCUACUAUGAUGGCAGAAUAUAUUGCAAUCUAUGAAGCGACUUGUCAAGGUCUAUGGUUGAAGAACUUUCUACAGCAAACUAAGUUAGUUGAUUCUAUAAUUUCUAGACCUUUGAAAAUACAUUGUGAUAACUCUGCUGCAGUGUAUUUUACAAAGAAUAAUAAGAGGUCAACUAACUCUAAACAUAUAGACUUGAAGUACUAUAGUGUUAGGGAAAGAGUGAAGCAUAAGGAGUUGGAGAUUGCUAAAAUUCAUACACUGGAGCAACUUGCAGACCCUUUCACAAAACCCCUAACUGUAGUAGCUUUUCAAACUUAUAUUGAAAAGAUUGGCAUCCUCCCAACCUUGGACUCUGAAGUUUAG